AUGGCCGACCUCCACAAAGUUCGAGAGCUGGGUUUGGACGAGGAUACCACCCUCGCGAUACUCGAGAGACUCAAGCACAUCAGUCAAUUAUACAGGUCAGGAAAGCCUCUCUUCCCUCGUCGUCUGCUAGAAGACCUCAAUCGCCAGAUCGACGACGGCAAGGAAGAAGUGUACAUUUCAGACUUCGAUGACGUGCCCCAGGUCUACAGCCUUAAAGUCCCCAGUUGGUGCACGGAGUUUGCCAACACCUAUCGCAUCCGCUACCAAAGUAUCCACUCCCUGGGCUGCGUCCCUCCGUACGAUCCAGAGCGCGUCCUAUGCAAGUGUACUCCGGUUGCUAUCGAUUACGUAGACACCUCAGGCCCAGGUGAAAGCACGCUCGAGGCCAUUGGCGGAGCAUUUUUCAAACAGCGCCAGAUAUGGUUGGAGAGUCUCGGUCAUCGAAAUCUAGAACACCAUCUGUCCACUCUCAGGACCACAGCAAAUAUUCGGAAGAUAGUUUGUUUUGGCCUUGGCUCCCUCGGAAGGCUGAGUGGCGACUGCUAUACGCGGACCCAUACGCAACAUGCUGCAGUAGAAACAAUAGCGGCAUCGUUGGUCCGGAGAGGCCUGAGCGGCAGUCAAGAGAUCAAGUGUUAUGCGCAGGAUCCAGUCUACGACGAGGUCGACCACGAGUUUCUCAGAAGCAUCGGGAUCACCCCAUUGGAAGACCCAAAAGGAUUCCUUGAAGUUGAUGAACACACACUGGUAUUCUCCGUGAGCCCCGACGUCCCAGUUAAACAGAUCGUUACCGACCUUCACUGGCCUGGUGCAAUGAUAUGGGACACUGUAACUCCAUCAGAGAAGCGUAAAUCCUGGGCCAAGUAUAAGGAGAACGAUGGAACAAUCUUUUGGAUAACCCCCUUCACCACCGAUCCUGACUCUGGACGCGUGCGUCGGAUGAUCAAACAUUAUGCGCAUGCACAACUCGAAGACUCGGACGGGUUUUUUGGGGAUUUGACUAUUUACAUGAAGUGUGAGGAAUGA